GAAAGGGGGGAAAAAACUCCGCGAGACGCUCAGUAAAGCCGAAGAGGGUUCACGAGUGAGCAAACUGACAGCACGACUUGUUAAAACAGCUCAGUUUGUGUUAGAUUAAUGACCGCUUACUGACCUCACAAACCGACUGCUUAAUGCUGUGGGACGCUUUUGCUAGAGAGAGUGUACUGCCCUGUAAGUAGCUCUGGAGCUGUUAAACAUGUGUUUGCGGUAACAUUAGAGUCGGCGGUACGGCUACAGCCUUCCAGAAAAGUGCCAAUGCUGAGGAAUGGAUGGUGAAGAAGGGAACAUGGUGGCCACUCGGGAUGAACAGGUGGAGAGGGAUACAUCAGCCCUUCAGCAGUGCCAACUUCUCCAAAACAUCAUCGACAUCACCAUCUCCAAUUUACAGGGACUCCGGACCAAGUGCGCUGCGUCCAACGACCUGACCCGGCACGAGAUCCGCACCCUGGAGGUGAAGCUGGUGAAGUACAUCAAUAAGCAGCUGCAGUGUAAGCAGAGGGUUCCAGCAUGUGAGCGAUCACAGGCCCUCAAUACCUACCCACACCUAGUGGAUUGGCUGCAUACCAUUAAUCUCAGGCCUCAAUUCAUAGAGGCAGUACCAGAGAAUCUGUCUCUAGAUGCUUUGCUGCAGAUGUCUGGUUCUCAGGUGCAGGAGACCCUAAGGAAACUGGGCUCCAGUGCUGAGGAGUGCUCCCACAUCACUGCUGCUCUCUCCUGUCUUAAGAGCACCACCACCUCCUCCACCUCCAGCUCGGAGCCAUGUACAGGACGGGAACUCAAAGAGGAUGGAAUUCCAUGGAUCGUAGAACCUGCUCGCUGUGACAUUAAUACUACUUCUUGCUCAGCUAAUCAGCUCUCCACUCAAAGCCCACAAUCCUACAGCCCAAACCCAUCCAUUCAGGUCCCUUUUACCCCCGCGAUGCCUGGCAGCCAACGUUCUGUCUCUGUUUCUGCUGUAACCUCUCUGGACUACCCAACUAGACCCCACCUGACCCCACUGUUGAAUGGACUAGCCGACCCUUUCUACUUCUCACCUCAGCUGCUACCACGACUGAAGGGACAGGUAUCAACUCCGCCUUCGACUCCACCCAGCAUUAGGAACGAGCUCGUGAAGCCCCCCCACACGCCGCCGCCACCAUCCAAGUUGCGCCAGCUUUUCCCCGGCCUGCCCCGCAGCAAGAGCCACACACAGCUCGCCAACCGCAUAGAUGAGCCUGCACACAGGAAUGUGAAGAAGACUAAGAUGCUUCUAAAUGUGCAUGUACAUGUGCAAGAUGUGAGAAAUGGCUAUGAGGAUUCGCUUUCGCGCUCGCCACUGCUCUCUGUCCCAUCUCCACACGUUAUUCCCAACAAACGCAUCCAAGUGGAAAGUCCAACACUGAAAGACAAACGACGAUCUCCACAGGCUAUGCGUAGAGAUUAUGGGCUUACAAUCACACAUAGGUUUUCCACCAAAUCAUGGUUAUUCCAGACAUGUGUGGUGUGUCGGAAAAACAUGCACUUUGGUGUAAAGUGCAAACACUGCAAGUUAAAGUGCCACAACAAGUGUACCAAAGAAGCACCUCAGUGCCAGAUAAUUCCAAUUUCGAAAAUCAGAAGAACAGAGUCGGUUCCGUCCGACAUCAAUAACCAGGUGGAACGACUACCAUCAUCUACACAGUUUGGCACAUUACCAAAGAUUUUAAACAAAAAGGACCUUCCACCACCUGUCAGUCAGCCGGACUCCAGCAGUAACCCCUCUUCCACCACCUCCUCCACACCUUCCUCACCUGCCUUCAGCUCAAGCAACCCACCAAGUUCCACUCCACCUGCAAACCCCUCGCCUAAAGGGCCCAUUGAUGGCCGCUUUCACUUCCCAGCUUCCUGCUAUUAUCAGCUAAGACAACAGUUUAUCUUCCCUGAUAUCUCAAGUUCUCAACAUCAAGAUGUCCAUGAUUCAGGAGAGACAGAGCAAGUAGGUAAUGAGCUGAUCAUGCAGACAGUGAGGCAAGAAGAAGCAGCUGUGAAUGACAAUGUGGAUGGUGAAGAAGAAGAACAACAACAGGAGCAUGAAAGACAAGACGAGGCUGCUUCUUAUGGGGAAUCUGAAGGUGAAGAGGAUGAUCUGGACGACCUGCCCAGAUGCCCGAGACCCUGGAAGGGCCCUAUCUCACGCAAGUCCAGCCAGACUAGCGUGUAUCUGAAGGAGUGGAACGUUCCUUUCGAGCAGCUCGAGCUGGGGGAGCUUAUAGGGAAAGGCCGCUGGGGAAAAGUGUACCGUGGACGUUGGCAUGGAGAGGUGGCUGUGCGGCUGCUGGAAAUAGACGGAAAUAAUCAGGAUCACUUGAAACUUUUUAAGAAGGAAGUGAUGAACUACAGACAAACACGACAUGAGAACGUGGUGCUGUUUAUGGGAGCCUGUAUGAACCCUCCUCGACUGGCUAUCAUUACAAGUUUUUGCAAGGGUCGGACGCUGCACUCUGUUGUCAGAGAUUCUAAAAGCUCACUUGACAUCAACAAGACCAGGCAAAUCGCUCAGGAAAUAGUAAAGGGAAUGGGCUACCUCCAUGCAAAGGAUAUCGUGCACAAGGAUUUAAAAUCCAAAAAUGUGUUUUAUGACAACAACAAAGUGGUGAUCACAGAUUUCGGUUUGUUCGGAGUGUCAGGAGUGGUGCAGGAGGAUCGGCGAGAGAAUGAACUGAAACUACCACGAGGCUGGAUUUAUUACCUGGCUCCUGAGAUUGUACAGAGGAUGAGUCCUGGAAAUGACGACCGCUUACCCUUUUCUAAAGCUGCUGACGUUUAUGCCUUUGGCACUAUCUGGUACGAGCUGCAGGUGAGAGACUGGCCUUUUAAUACCCAGCCGGCCGAAGCUGCUAUCUGGCUGCUGGGGAGUGGAGAAGGCAUAAAGAGGAAGUUGGCUCAGAUCAGCCUGGGAAAGGAGAUCACGGAGAUCUUGUGUGCAUGCUGGUCCUUUAAACUUGAGGACAGACCGACAUUCUCUCAGCUAUCUGACCUGCUGGAGAAGCUUCCUAAGCUCAACCGCAGACUCUCCCACCCCGGACAUUUCUGGAAAUCUACUGAGUAUGAAUCGUAGAGCUGUGAGAUUGCAUGCUGUCACCCUGCACUGCCUCACUGAAGAGAGCAAGCUGAAGUGAACUCUUCUUGGAUGUAACCUUUAGAAGCAUAAACGUGUCUAAAUGCGUGUAAAGUCUUCUUUGUUUCUUGAGCCUUUUUCAAGUGUGUCUUAAAUUUGUAAAUUUGAAGGUAAAUCUGAUUUACCUUCAACGUAUGUCUUCAAUUCAGAAUUCAGUGAAUUCAGUGAAUUCAGUGCAUCGGGUGGUUUAUUUUUAAAUGAGCUUAAGUUUUAAAUGUGAAUGUUUUAUUUUGAGAAACAGCUGUCUGUACAGUCUGAGUAAUAGAGAGCUUAUAUGCAGGUGUGUUUGUUUUUUAACUGCUGAUUGUCCACAUAAGGUGCACUGUGAGUACUGUACAUUAUCGGUUUGAAAUUUUCUUCUUCCAGUUAUUUUGGUACAGUAGAUUCAGUCUUUAUACGUCACAGUUACAUAUGUCUUGUGCAAAAUAAACAGUAAAUAGUAUAACGUGUGUCAGGUUUGAGAACAGAACACAAUAGCUUUGGUAAAGGAAACGCUUUCAUUCAUAACAUAAAUGUCCUUUGGUUUUCUCUCUGACCUUUCCUUCCCCCUGUUUCCCCUCUGUGCUGUGAACCGAAGUAUCAUCUGUUUCUGCUGACUGCUCCUUUUUACAAUUUCAGCCACAUCACCAUUUUCGCUCUGUCGUGCAUCUUAAAAUUCAACCCGAAUCCUCCAUGUUGUUUUCUUUGUCCAUCUGUUGUUUUUUUUCUUCCCAUGUCCUUCUGAAGUGAAUCUCUCACUUCACUUUUGCUUUAGAAAACAAGCAAUUGCUUGUGAAUGUUGCAGUCCUGGGCAAUAUGACAAAAUAAUAUCAGUAUUGCAAUAUCAACAGUUAUGGCACAGUACAAUUUCUAAUUGGCCAAAACUGAAUAUUGUGAUUUGGGGUGAAAUGAGAUAAUGAACUUUGUAUUAUCAAAAUAAAAUAUGUAGAAUUACACUUUUAUACUGUUUGUCAUUAGCAAUUCUAAAACAUCAACCAACUCCAUUGUUAGUCAGACUGACAAGUAACUGACUGAACAUAUACUUAGUCCUUUUUAAAUAUAAAUUUAAAAAAAUAAAUACUUUUUUGCAAAUCAAUGGACAUACAGCUUUCCAUAGUGUUUCACAUAGCAUGUUGUGCGUGUUCGGUGCAAACCUCAUUAUAAGUAAAUAUCACAAUACAUAUUGUGCAUCAUGAACACAUCUUCAAGUGUAAUGCUGUUUUUGGCAUAUCCAUAUUAUUUAUUCAUCAACAGCCUAUCCCAGGAACACUGGAAACACACCCUGAAUGGGACACAAAUUGGUCAUUCCAAUAUAUACAUAAGUCUUCUAUUUUGCAAACAUUUUCCAGGUGUCAUGAUUUGGUAUCUUUGCCAUAUUGCCCACCCAAGGAACAGUGCUUGAUUUGUACUUGAUUUCUUAUGUCUGUUAUUGACCAGGCUUGUGUGAUUCAGAUUUUUUUUCCUCCUGCUUGCCAUUUACCAUUUAAAAAAAUUACAGACAGGUCCCAGGAAGGUAUGCAUGGUCUGCAGAUGGGCCUCAGCUGCCUGACACCACACAUAAACCUCGAUGUUAGAGGAUGUUGCCCCAUAGAGGCUCCAUGAAUAGGGGCGUAGCUGUAAACUAUUUUAAUCAUCCAGUACUGAAACCUAGGAUUUCCACCAUUUCAGGUUUAAUGACCGUAUAGGAGGGUGUAAUCACCUAAACCCGGCUGCGGAUUAAAAUGCGAUUAUGCAGUACUGUGCAGUAAACAGUUAAAACAACAACAACAAAAAAAACCAUAAUUUCAAUAUAAUCCUUUUACAGUUGUCCGUGUUCUACUGGCCGACAUGCUAAACACAAAACAGCAUAUUAAAUCACUUUCUAAUAAUCGGCACCAUUUAAUUUGUAAAGUGUUAGAUUUUACACGUUGUUUCUUUUAGGUCAAACUUUUGUCUUUUUUUCAAUUUCACCUGAAAACACAAAGUGCCUAUUUUUUAACCAUGCUCUGCUGAAAUUUUGUGGUGUCUUCCCCAAUAAAUAUAGUUAUCUGAUGUUAACUAUAUACUUGUCUAAUGUUAGCUAAGUCAAACAUACACUGAUAGAUGUAAUGUCAUAUUAAUGAACUCAAAACAUUCUCCAUUUACCUGGAAAGAAGGCGAGAGAGCCCCACGAGUCCAAUCCAUAGCAUGUGUGUUUGGAGGAAGGGGGCGGAGCUUCCAGAGGGGGUCAGUUAAUAUCAGAGUUCAAAACACCUGCAUGAAUCAUUCCAGAUUAAUAGGUCAAAUGGCUCAGUUUCCAUUUUAUUGGGGGAGAAAUAAAAUUGUCUUUUAGUAUAUUUUUGAGUGUUAACUCAUACUAGUAUAUAGAUGUUAAAUUACAAAAUGUGUAAAUGUUGGCAGGACAGGUAAUACAAUAUAAUCAAAAUAGAUGUCAAGCCAGUGGAAAAUCGUGUAGAGAUGAUUAAAAUUUAUAUCACGCAAACCUAUCAUUGAGAUAUAUGAAUAAAUAAAUAACCGUGGCACUGUUGCAUUAAAUGUUUACAGUUUUUUCUACAGAUGGCAGUGUACUAAUUGCAGAUGAUUUCUAUUCAGUUAGCAUCAGUAACAUAUUUGUUUAAAUUGCUAUACUCCCAAUCUCUGUGUUGCCUAUUUUCUUCUCUGGUGGCCAGAGCUAGCCAAGCAUGAACUGUGCUGUACUGAGAGGCUCUCGAAUGUGCAUGCCUGCCUGAUCCUGCUUGCUGUACUUGAGUAAAAGGUGUAAAACUAACGAUGCUGCUGAUCCUUUAUUCAUGCCUUACUGAAGCUAUCAAAGCUAGCAGGUAAAAUGCCUUAUCUUAUUUGUAAAUCUUAUAUUACAAUCCUGUACAGUACAAUCUUUAUGUAAAGUUUGGGUAAAGCUGUCUGCACUUUAAAUCGAAAUCUUGUGGAAUCCUGUACUCAUUCUUCUCUCCGUCUGCAAAUAAUGAACACAAUGACUUUGAUUGUAUCUAUUUAGGCAAAGUGAACUGAAACAAGAAGGCUCGGGAAAAGGAGCGUUUGUAGGAAUGUGUCUUUCUAAAUGAUUUAUGCUUUAUGUAAAGCAUGUCUUUUAUGGUGAAUUUGGAGAGUGGAAUGUUCAGAGAAUUGUAAUGGCACAGAAAUGAGGGAAUAUGCAUGGCAGAUUUUAGGAGGUAGGAGAUGCAGAUUAAAAUUUUGGUUAUAUUAAAACAAUGAAAAGCAAAUCUUUUAUGUGAUUUUGAAUUUGUAGAUAUUGUUUUUAUUUAAUAUACAGCUCCGCCUCCUAUUAUUUGUACAAACUUUUAUAUGAUUGUUUUUGGAAUAGGUACUUUAUUCCUGUUUUGUAGAUAUGAACAUAUAUAUGUUGUAAAACAUGAAAUGUACAUUUUUAAUAUGUAUUUUGAUGGAUUUAAGAAUUUAUCUGCGUGCAGCAUGUUUAAUGUGUUGGGGUAGUGUAUUUCAUGUUGUCUUCAACCUUCAAAAGCAAUAAAACCUAAUUUGUUAGUCUUUGUGAA